UGAUACUUCUAAGCCGAAUUUCGAACAUCGGUCUAUUUGCAAAACUAAAUUGAAAAAAAGUGAUACUUCUAAGCCGAAUUUCGAACAUCGGUCUAUUCGCAAAACUAAAUUGAAAAAAAGUGAUACUUCUAAGCCGAAUUUCGAACAUCGGUCUAUUCUAAAAACUAAAUUGAAAAAAAGUGAUACUUCUAAGCCGAAUUUCGAACAUCG